CAUUACCACCCUCCAUCAGUGACGUCAUGGCUUUCUUCUCUCUCUUUUUCCUUCUUCCCCUUUCUUCUCUCCUUCUCUUCCUCCUGCUGCAAUUCAGUAAACAACUGAUCUCCGGACGUACCAACCUUCCCCCCUCACCUCCAAGGCUUCCUCUCAUCGGAAACCUCCACCAGCUCGGCCCCCUCCUCCACCAGUCCCUCGCCGCCCUCUCCCGCCGCCACGGCCCCCUCAUGCUCCUACACCUCGGCCACGUCCCCACCCUCGUCGUCUCCUCCCCCGACGCCGCCUGCGACGUCCUCCGCCACCAGGACCUCGUAUGCGCCGGACGCCCUGCCAUCACGCCGAUCAAGAUCAUCGCCGACGGCGACAUAGCCUUCGCCCCCUACGGCGAUUACUGGCGGAAGCUCCGCAAGAUCUGUACCGUCCACUUGCUGAGCUCCAAGCGAGUGCAAUCCUACCGCCGAGCGAGGGAGGAGGAGGUGGCAGCCAUGGUAGCGGCCAUCGCGGCGCGGGCCUCGACCACCAUAAAUCUAUCUGAAAUCAUAUAUUCCUUCGCGAACAACAUGCUCUGCCGAGUGGUAUCGGGAAAAAUCAAGAGGACGGAGGGGAGGAACAGAGUUUUCGCAGAGUUGUUCAAGGAGAACUCAGCGCUGAUGAUGGCGGUGUACCUCGGGGACUACUUCCGGUGGCUGGGCUGGGUGGAUGGGUUGCUGAGCUACGUGGCGAAGGCGAGGAAGAACAGGAAGCGGUGGGAGGAGCUGAUGGAUCAGGUCAUCAAGGAGCAUGCGGAUCGAGCGUGGUCAAAAAAUACAGACGGUCAUGAUGAGGAUUGGAAAGAAGAAGAAGAAGACGACAAGGAGAAGAAGAAGGAUUUCGUGGAUGUUUUGAUGUCGCUGCAGGAUAAGAACGAGUUUGUCCUCGAGCCAGCAAACCUCAAGUCGCUUCUUCUGGAUAUUUUCGGAGGUGGCACAGACACAUCUUACAUUACUUUAGAAUGGGCCAUGGUCGAGCUCGUUCGCAAUCCUCUCGCCAUGCAGAAAUUGCAAGAGGAAGUGAGAAGCAUAGCGAGCAGAAAGAGCCUUGUCAAAGAGGAAGACCUCCACCAAAUGACCUACUUGCUGGCCGUCAUCAAGGAGGUCCUGCGGCUGCACCCCCCAGCUCCAUUACUGCUGCCGCGAGAAACGUUGAAUGACUGCAUGAUUCAAGGCUACAGCAUACCCAAGAAGACGAGAAUCUUAGUGAACGCGUGGGCGAUUGGUAGAGAUCCAAAGCAUUGGGACGCGCCUGAGGAGUUCAGGCCGGAGAGGUUCUUGGACGGCACGGUGGACUUCAACGGAACCGAUUUCCGGUACAUGCCCUUCGGAUCGGGACGAAGAGUUUGCCCGGGACUGCAAUUCGCCAUUGCUUCUUUGGAGAUUGCACUGGCAAACCUGGUGCAUCAGUUUGAUUGGGAGCUGCCUGAUGGGAUGGAGAAGGAGGAGUUCCACACGAGGGAAGCUCCUGGAAUAGUAGUGCAACGAGAAGGGCAACUUCAUCUCGUUGCCAAACCAUGGAGUGAUUGCUUAGAAGAGUAGCUAUGUCUCUGAAAAUGAUGAUUGUUUUGCUAUCUUUAAACUUGUGGGCAAAUAAUAACAAACUAUGUUAUGUAGUUCAUCGAAGCGCAAUUAAGUAAUGGAUUUCAUGUAAUUAUAUAUAGGUAAAAGCUAAAGGAAAAAAAGUUAUUCGAGGAUUGCCUUUGUCUUUC